CCGGGCGGGGAUGCGCGCUGCGCCGCGCCGCCAUGUCGCGGGUGAGCGGCCCCGGGCCGGCCGGCAGCGCCAAGGAGAAGCGCUCCUUCAGCAAGCGGCUUUUCCGCGGGCGGGCGGCGGGCGGCGGCGCGGGCUCGGCCCCGACCGCCACCCCGGCCCCAGCGCCGUCCGGGCGGUCGCUCGGCGGGUUCAUGAGCCGUGUGCUGAAGACCCUCUCCACGCUCUCGCACUACAGCAGCGAGCCCGAGCCCCGCGGCGCGCUCGCCCCGCGCCUGCCCCCGCCGCAGGCGACGGGCGGCCUGGGCAGCUGCUUCCCGCCGGGCCCGCCGCGCAGCCCCGAGCCCCCGCCGCGCCCCGCCGGCAGCUCCGAGGCCGUGCCCGGCGUGGCGGGGCUGCGCAACCACGGCAACACCUGCUUCAUGAACGCCAUCCUGCAGUGCCUCAGCAACACCGAGCUCUUCGCCGAGUUCCUGGCGCUGGAGCAGUUCCGCGGCGGGCCGCCCCCCGCCGACGGGCCGCCGCCCGCGCCCGGCGAGGUCACGGAGCAGCUGGCGCAGCUGGUGCGGGCGCUCUGGACGCUCGAGUACACCCCGCAGCACAGCCGCGACUUCAAGAACAUCGUGUCCAAGAACGCGAUGCAGUACCGUGGGAACGCCCAGCACGAUGCCCAGGAGUUCCUGCUUUGGCUCCUCGACAGAGUCCACGAGGAUCUGAACAACGUGGUGAAUUCCAGCGGCGUGCCUCCACUCAAGCCGCCGCUGGAGGAUGAUGUGCUGCUUGAGGGCCCAGCCUUUCCCAUCAGUAGCACUUUUGUGCAGGAACUCUUUCAAGCCCAGUACAGGUCCUCCCUGACGUGCCCUCAUUGCCAGAAGCAAAGCAACACCUUCGACCCUUUUCUCUGCAUCUCGCUGCCGAUCCCUCUGCCCCACACUCGGCCACUCUACAUCACCGUGGUGUACCAGGGCAAAUGCUCACACUGCAUGCGCAUUGGGGUGGCCGUGCCCAUCUCUGGAACAGUGGCCAGGCUGCGGGAGGCUGUCUCCUCGGAAACCAAGAUACCCACGGAGCAGAUCGUGCUGACAGAGAUGUACUACGAUGGGUUCCAUCGCUCCUUCUGCGACACCGACGACUUGGACACCAUCCACGAGAGUGACUGCAUUUUUGCCUUUGAGACCCCAGAGAUCUUCAGGCCUGAGGGCAUCCUCAGUCAGAGAGGAAUACAUGUGAACAAUAACCUGAAUAACUUGAAAUGUGGCACUGAGCACUCCCGAACAAUAGCUUACUCUCAAGGAACAGUGAAGUCUGGAAAACUGGAACAGUCCUGUCCUAAACUAGCAGCAAAUGACAAGAUUGUCUUGCUGGUGUGUAACAGAGCAUGCACUGGACAGCAGAGCAAAAGGUUUGGCUUGCCCUUUGUGUUGCACUUGGAAAAAACAAUUGCUUGGGAUAUUCUGCAGAAGGAAAUUCUGGAGAAGAUGCAGUAUUUCCUGCGGCCUGCAGCCUGCUUGCAGGUUUGCCCGUUCAGCUUGCGAGUGGUCAGUGUUGUGGGCAUAACAUACUUGCUACCUCAGGAGGAGCGACCCCUCUGCCACCCAACAGUGGAAAGGGCAUUGAAGUCAUGCGGACAGGGGGGAACCGCUCAUGUGAAAUUAGUGGUAGAAUGGGACAAAGAAACUAAAGAUUACUUGUUUGUGAAUACAGAAGAGGAGUAUAUUCCAGACUCUGAAAGCGUCUGCCAGCAGAGAGAGCUUCAUCAUCAACCUCAGAUCUGCACUUUAUCUCAGUGUUUCCAACUGUACACCAAAGAGGAACAGCUUGCCCCAGAUGAUGCAUGGCGAUGCCCACACUGUAAGCAGCUGCAGCAGGGUAGCAUCACACUGAGCCUCUGGACCUUACCUGAUGUUCUCAUCAUACAUCUGAAAAGGUUUAGACAGGAAGGAGACCGAAGGAUGAAACUUCAGAACAUGGUUAAAUUUCCCUUGAGUGGCUUGGACAUGACUCCUCACGUUGUGAAACGCAGCCAGAGCAGCUGGAGCCUGCCAUCGCACUGGUCACCUUGGAGGAAACCUUAUGGCCUCGGCAGAGAUCCUGAGGACUAUAUCUAUGACCUGUAUGCUGUCUGCAACCACCAUGGCACCAUGCAAGGGGGACACUACACAGCAUAUUGCAAGAAUUCUGUUGAUGGCCAGUGGUACUGCUUCGAUGACAGUGAAGUUCAGCAACUUUCUGAAAGUGAAGUCUGCAAGCAGACAGCUUACAUCUUGUUCUACCAGCGACGCACAGCGAUCCCCUCAUGGUCUGCCAACAGCUCGGUGGCAGGCUCCACGAGCUCGUCGCUGUGCGAGCACUGGGUCAGCCGGCUCCCGGGCAGCAAGCAGCCCAGCAUCGCCUCUGCCGCCUCCUCGCGCCGCACCUCCCUCGCCUCGCUCUCUGAGUCGGUGGAGCUGACUGGGGAACGGAGUGAAGAUGAUGGAGGAUUUUCAACUCGACCAUUUGUAAGGAGUGUCCAACGUCAGAGCUUGUCAUCCAGAUCCUCUGUCACCAGCCCACUGGCAGUGAGUGAAAAUGGUGUCAGGCCGUCGUGGUCACUCUCCGCAAAACUGCAGUUCCGCUCCAACUCCCCGUCACGCUUCUCUGGAGAUUCCCCAGUACAUACCUCUGCUUCCACCCUGGAGAAGAUCGGGGAAGCUGCUGAUGAUAAAGUCUCCACCUCAUGCUUUGGCAGCCUGAGGAAUCUCUCUAGCAGCUACUUGGAGCCCUGUGACAGCAGUCGGCGAGAGCACAGGACGGCUCGCAGAGCCCCUUUGGCUGUCAUGGAAGGGGCGUUCAGGGAAGAGUCCGUUGUAAGGACAUCUAGCUCAGACCUUUCAGAUGGGUAUGGUAAAAGCUCUGUGCAGCCGGAUAGGAAUCACCCUGCUCUGGACCCUUUUGAUAACAACAAUCAAAUCGCCUUUGUUGACCAGAGUGAUUCUGUGGACAGCUCCCCAGUGAAGGAGGUGAAAGCCCCAAGUGGGACAGGGUUGGCUGCAGAGAAGGCACAUGACACCCCUAAGAAGGGUCACAGCUCCAAAGGAGCUUCUGAGCCGGACAAAAGUUUGAGGAAGGGAAGGACAGUCUUAGCUACCCAAGAGACCAAAGUCUCUCACUCUUCCCCUCCACUGAAGAGUUCUCAGAAAGCUUCCCGGUCUAGAAGUAAGACAGACUCUUCUAGGGUCAGCGGGCGACACGGGUCUCCUGCUCCCACUCAGGCUAGGAAGGAUCACAGCACGAAGUCGUUGGAGGUAUCUGUCCCAUCAGCUCAACAGAAGCAGAAGUCAGGUUCUCCAUCCUCCACAGCUGCCAAGAAAACCCCAUCAGGCUCAUUGACUAAGGGCUCUUCGUCUGGGAAGAGCCGGACUUCCGACCGCAGCCUCAGCAGGGAGGGCUCCAAGAUCAGCCUGGGGUCGGAUAAAACGAGCAUUACCAGCAGCUCAAGAACGAGCUCCCCACGGAUCAGCCACUCCAGGAGUGACAGCAGGGCAGUGGACAGCAAGCACGUGCGCAGCUCCUCCAUGGCCAACCUGCGGUCUCCAAAUGUUGGCGUGCGUUCUGGGUUGAAGAGGGACAGCAAGUCGGAAGAGAAGGGUUUGUCUUUCUUUAAAUCAGCCUUAAGGCAGAAGGAGACACGGAGGUCAGCAGACCUGGGGAAGACGACAAUGCUUUCAAAAAAGACAGGGAGUGUCAGUUCCAAGUCAGGCAGUAAAAAUGUGCUGGAGGACAAACCAGAGAAAGGUGGUGUUCCACCAGCCUCUCAAACCAAUGCCAACAUUACUACAAAAGAAAAACUUGUCUCAAAAGAUGCCACAUCUAACAAACAUUCUCUGCUAUCCAGUCGCAAGUCCAAGUCUUCCCAGCUAGAUGCCGGAGUCCAGUCUCCUCCUUCCAGUGGCAAGCAGUCAGCUGACAAGCCACUGAAAAAAUUACCUUCCAGCAUGCAGGUGUCCGUACGGCCUUCUCUGGAACCUCAGUGAAAUGCUGCAAUCCAGGUGUCUUUUCUUCUGCUGAGAAGCUAAUUUAUUCUGAGCUCUUGUUUUUUGUUCAUGUGCCUAAUGUAUGUUUUGAGGAGAAGUUAACUGCAAGUUGUUAAAGCGCCUUUGAUUCUGCCAUCAAACCAAAUAGCCACAGGCAGCCAGCACUGGUGCAAGUAGCCUAGCUGGAGUCGUUGUUGAACAUGAAUGCAGCUGUCCCAUAGCACUUGUACAGGAGUCUCUGUUGAAAGUGCAACAACUUUCUCCAGAUUGGAGGGUUGGAAUCUGACCCCCAGUUGUACUGACACUGGUGUGCUUUGUAGAGCUGUGAACUGAUAUUCCUUUGGUCUUGUUCCGAGUGGGCUGUGUCCACACUGGUGUAUGGCCUUGAGCUGUGGAGGAUGCAAAGGAAACUGGAGAGACUGUCGCUUCUUUCUGCUCUCAACUCUCUCUCCCUGCUCCCCUCCAUUUCCAAGCUUUCUAAAGGGCAAUAUUUCAACACUAAUGUUGUUUCUCAGGUAUAUACUCAGCCAGUAUAGGAGGGACUAGCAUUAGUGACGGACAGAAAGUGUCUCUGUGCGCGUCUGUGUAAUAGAUUUAAUUUUUGCAUUCCAACAGGAGGAGGUUUGAAAUGUAACCUGCAGUUUUUGUUGCUAUGUGUAUGAAGAGUUUUGCUUUGUCCAUACCUAAGGCAACCUCUACCCUGUCCUGUUUAACUACUUUCUUCUGAAAUGCUCUGCUAAACAACAGAAGAAAUCCCUGGGCAGCAGCUGGUGGCUGACUCGUCCUGUGGAAGCAGUGCCAUAGGAGAGUUGUGUCCACAUAUACCUGGAUGGCCGUGAUGCUGUCAGGAUGCCCCUAUUCAAACUCCUGGGAAGCAUUUCCUAAUGUGCUCAGACCCUUAUCAUAGUGGUAUAACUAAGCCUCCAUUAUCUCUAGGGGUGAUGUUUAGAUCAAGUGUCAUCCUGCCCUCUCUGAGCAUGCUUUGGCAGGCCCCUUUGUGUGGGUUGGCAGGGCUGUACCCAAACCCCCAGAGCAGUUUUCCUGUUCUCUAGAGUGCUGUAUCCCUCUGGCAUGCUCGUCCCCUUCCCAUGGGUCUGGCUGCCACAUGUCCCUCAGUGGAAGGUUCCCCUUCUUGUUUGGAUGACAGCCUCCAUCAGGGUCAAAACACUACAUCUACUGAUGUCUUUGUUUACAUGCGCUUCUUACAGGGGAGAUUCCUCAAGUUCUGUAAGGUUCCUCUUAAGGUAGAUUUCUUAAGUCCGUUUACAUACAUGUGGUGUAAUUUUUUUUUAAAUUCCACGAGUUUUUAUUGAUGUGCUGCUUAUCCUUUAUGUCCGCAGCCUGUCGUGUAGGUUGUGACAAGGUGGGCAAUGUGCUGGACACGCUCUCUGCUGAGCGAGGUCUGUGCCUGUCUAGUCCAGUGGCAGAGCUUCUCUGGGCAUAGCUUUGGGCCAGGCACAUGUAUGCUCUGUACCAUCAGCAUAACAAACUGGCUUGUGCCACCUCCCUUGCUGAGGUGCUGCUCACCGUGCAGGCAGUCUUGCCCCCAGGUCUGCUGGGCACCUUGCUGCUCUGUGAUCUCUUUUCUGCUCACCACACCUGCAGCAAGCUUGGGAGGGAAGGGCUGGGGGUAACUGGCUCCUCAGAGUGUCUAUGGGGCUGAGCUGGGAGUGCCAUCAAGUUGGGGUCAGUGUGUGAGGGGUGAUGUUUCUGCAAUGUAACCCUUGCAGCAUCCUGGUUAUGUCCUGCUGCAUCCCCUUCGCAUGCCCCAGCAGUGCCCACAGCCUGCACAUGUAAUGCCCUGACUGUUCCGACCCGAACGUGACCAUCCCCUCAGUGCAGUCCUUCACCCGGGCAUUGUUUCAGUCUCAUUUAUUGCAGCAACAAGAAGCAAAGAUUGCAUUGCUUGCUUCUGAAAUGUAUGACUUGGAUUAUUCUUGGAUUAUUUUCUGUUACAUCCAGCAGAGCAGAUAAGACUUGCUUGACAUUGCAGUACUUAAAUUACUCCCUGAAAUGUUGAUGUUGAAGUAUUUGUUUAAGGUUUUAUCUGUAUUAAGGUCUUACACUGUCUUGGCUCUUUUCUUGUAACAACUCUUCUAGCAAGAAUGUAAAUCCAGUGGCUCAUGCUGGCUUGGCUUGGGAUCUUUAAUAGACAGAACUACUCUCUGUGCAUUUUACCAUGGACAUUUGUGAAAGGUUAUUUUUAUCAAAUGACAUUUUCUUUUCAUGCCAUCACUCACUGAAGGAGUUUAAACUGGAAGCUGGUGUGUGGAUUUUGAGGUGGUUUUGCUCCUGUGCUGUAUGCCUGAAGGGAAUUUGAAGCCAUGUCCAAAUCUGUGUUUUAGCUGAACACCAGUUCAGUGUUUUUAUCUGGAGCAAGUGAAUGGUCCUUGGAGUUCCCAUCUGGGCAGAAGGGAGGUGGAGGUCAUGGUAUUCCAGCAGCUGAUAAAAGUAGUUGAACCCCUGCAAUCCCAUGAGAUGCAAUCUCAUUCUUUCUGCACAUUUUCUGUAAUUCCUGAUGCUAAUUGCUGCCAGCUCCAGCACUAUCUGCUCUCUUUAUGCUGCCAGACUGGAUUUCUCUGUCCCUCUGGAACAGCAGCUCUGGUGCACAGGCUCCUUGCUCUGCAGGGGAGUGUGGUGGGCAGAAGGGGCUGCACUGACAGUACCCUCAUCUCUGAGCGGGUGGGAUGCUGCUCCUCUCUGGUGGGUUUUCUGCUUGGGAGGGCUUUGCUUAGGAUGUCCUCAGGCAAACCCCAUGGUUUGACUUACAAGGGCGCACCAGAGCUCAUGUGGAACAUAAGACACACACCAGGCAAAAUGUCAAAGUGCAGUCUCUGGGAAGCGCGGUCCCUGCUCGGUGUCUGUGUCCGCUCUGUGUCAGGGCACCUGGGAACACAGCCGCUCACAUCACUCCGCACCUCUGCUCGUUGGUGUCACACAUCUUUUGUAGUAAAUGAGCUUCCUUGCGCAGGAGAGGGUUGAAGGGUGUGGGUCCAGGAAGCACUGUUCACUGGGAGUGUUAAUCAAAGCCUUGUUGUUGUUACAGUCAUGACUCCAUCAAUGAAGUAGGAGAAAUGUUUCUGAAACUGAAUGUAGGUUAUUACAGGCCCUACUUAAAGGGAUUUGGGGAAAAAUUAUCAGUCUUCUGCAAGUCUCCUUGCUUUAAAGCAGACUUAUCUCUUGUCCCUUUCGUGUGUAGGAACUCCUGUCCAUGGUAUUGUGUUGUCCAGCUGCCAGGAUGUGGCAUGGUACCAGGGAGCACUGGAGAGAGGGAUCUGCCAAGUCCUAGAUGCCAACACCACCGUGGCUUUGCAUAUGGAUCCUUCAAGCAGCAGUGGCUUGAGGCUAUUCUGGAGCAGCUGCAUGUACAUGGUCAUCUCGUAAAGUUCCUGUUAGCCAUCAGAAGCACUCGUGGCUGUGGGGGAGGUGGGCUCUGCCAUCUCCCAGAGGCCGCUGCUGCCCAGGGACCUCCACCUCCCCUGGGUGGUGACGUGUGGGGCCUGUAGGUCUCACGGGCAUCUGAGUGGGAUGGGAGCAGCUGCUGCCAGGUCUGCCCUGCCAGUCCUGCCCAGCCUGUCUGGGGAUGGCGGGGUCUGGGAUCCUCCUGCCAAGGACUUGGAAGCAAAGGUGUACAGGGUGGCCUCACGGUGAUGGGAAAUGCCUGGCAAGGGGGAGGCCCAGCAGUGUCCCUGCUCCCAAACAGGUGAGCUCCAAGGCAAAGCAGGCUUUCAGGCAGUGUGUUUCCAAUCGGCUUUGGGUUGGAGUCACCUGUGCCAGCAUGUGACUUGUGUUUCACCCCACCUCCGUAGUCUGCCACUUAUUCCUGCUCCUGGAAUUGGCCCUCUGGGUGCAGGAGAGCAGCGCCUUCAUUCCAGUGCUCGAUUCCUACAGGAGUCACCUAGAGACUUUUUUUUACCCUUUUUGGGCUGUGUCUUUUGGAUAGUGUUUAGUAGUAUUCAAGUUAUAAGCACAUUUUCAAUGACAUGUAUUGAAGAGGCACCUUUUAUUUGUAUUAAUCACAUUUGAUAGACAAUUUGGUGCCUACAGUUCUCUGUAACUUGUGUCUCACUUUGCGUGUGUAAAUUGUUAACCCUUUCAGACUUAUCAAAUAUGGAUUAAUAAACACAAGAUGCUUAGGAUAGAAAGCUAGCAGCUUAAUUGCACUUCUCCCACUGCAAGUGCCCUCAUCCGCCGUCGCUGCAGGGGUUUUGCUUUCUGAAGCUGAAACUUGAGCAUGAUCAACCAUUUUUCUCGGUGUGAGGCAGCUUGCAUGGCCGUGCUGUCCCCGAUGCAUGUCCCUACUAACUAUGCAAGCCUCUAGCCCAGCCAUGGCUCCAGAGCACUGCCUGGAGUCUGUGCUGCUGCCUCGUGGUGCAGCUGCUGCUGGCACACAGGAGCAUGUCCCUGGGUUCCUGCUUCCUUUGCACAUCUUUGACUCUUUCCUUUGCAGGAUUCUGCGUUACUGACAAGGCUGGAGCGUAAUGUAAGGUUAGAGGGAUCGGAGCAGGGAAAUGAGAACAAACUGAUUUCUAUUUUGUGUUGUUUUUCCUUUUGUUAGCAGGGCGACCUGCUCAGGGUUCUGUGUGUAGCCUGCCAUUCUGUGUCAUGUAAGGGCAUGCCUGUGCUGUGAGGAGGGGCAGGCAGGUGCCCGGAGCCAUGCGGGCACUCAGAGCUGCUGUGAGUGUCUGUGUGAGGGGAGCGGUUCCCAGUUGUCCUUGUGCUGCCCAUGCUGGUCUUGGGCCUUUGCCUGCCUUUCUGGGGGAGCCCUGGCUGCCUGUGGGGAUAGCUGGUCUGCCUGUCCAUGCUCCAGAACCCUGUGGUGUCGGGGUUUGAGCCAUGUCCUGCUGGACAGCGGGUCCCCUGGGGCACCCGUGUGUGCCACAUGGCCAGGGCAGCUGGUGAGGGCUGGCCUGGGCUUUGUGCAGGUUCCAGGACUCCUCCUGGUUCUUGGCCCUGCAGCUUCAGUGCCCUCCCCUUGGUCAGCCAGCAUGGAGAGCAUUUGGAAACAACAUUCCAAAUAAUUUUACUGUUGGGUGUUGUUUUUUUUAUUUCGGUUUGGUUUGGGUUUUUUUGUAUCUUUGUUAUUUGCCUACUAAUCCAAAAGAAUUUGGCAGUAUCUAAUGAUACCUGUGGAGGGAACUGAAAUUUAGUUUUAAUCUGUGGUGAGAUGAAAGUUCUACGUGGUUUUCUCAACAAAAGCACCGUAAAGCAGUUACUAUUAAGAGCUUUAUUUUGUAAAAGCAAAGUACCUGAAGACUUGUACAAUGUCUGUGUUAGGUCUAAAGGCUUAGGGACUCUUCUAUUUUUUUAAAGGUGAUAGCACUCAAUUUAUCUGCAAAUAAUGUUUUUUAAAAGACACAGAUUAAAACUAAGUGUAACCACCAGUCCUGGCUCACUCAGCCCUGCAGCGCACACGCGCCGGCCUCAGGCUAUUGUGGCAUUUGUGAGUGCAAUAAACCCCUUUGGAGGUGCUACAUUGCCUUGGGUAGGGUAACACAAGGGAAUCCAGGCCACAAGUGGCUCCAUUACUGUCCUGUGGCCUUCCAAGUAUGAAUUUGUACAGAUUUGCUCACCACCUGUGCCUCACCAUUGGUUAAAAUUGAAUUUUAAGUCCUGUUGCAAAUGCAGUUUCUCUUCUGGACACAAUGUCAGAUUUUACACUGGAAUAUCUACAGUUCUCAAACUGCAUGUCACAUCACUGUACCUGGUACAGGGACGUGGGGCUUUCCCACACCUUUGAUAUUCUCCUCUGUAUUUUAAUGUUUUUGACCUGUACAGUAAUUGGAAAGCAGGCUGUCUUUACUUGGGGUUGAACAUUGUACCAUAAAUUUUAAAUUAUUUGAGGACAACUGCAUGAGACUGUGUCAAUGCCUUUUAUUAUUUAUUUGUAUGUUUUAUUAUUCGAGGUGUAUGCACUUUUAAUAUGCAGAAUUUAUAUUUUUAUGUUACAAAUCAUUUUCUUUCAGAAAGAAGAGUUUGAAUAUGAGGAAUUGGAAUUAAGUGCAAAAAGGGGAAUAUGUAAUGAAAUACAAUAAAUUUAUUACUAGGCA